UUGAGGCUGAGAAAACCAUCCAGACCACGGAGAUGGGUGUCUGCUUGGAAAUGGCAUUCUCAUAUUUUUUCUUGUUUCUGGUUUUCGUCGUAGGCCAAGGAGAAGGCCAUAAUGGGUGCCAUGAAUUAAUACGGCGUGGAGGCAGUGGCCAAAAUUACACCAUUCGAUUUCCCUUCCGACUUGACACCCAGCCAGAGCACUGUGGGUAUCCUGGGUUUACUCUAUCAUCCGCAAAUGACACGGCGGUGCUGGUGCUGCGAAAUUUAGAGCGAACAGUUGGGGGAAAUCCUUACAACAUUACAGAUGAGACGGUGCUAAGAAUCCGGAAACUCUUUGUGGAAAAUAUUGACUACAAAUCUCAGGUAAUUAAAGUAUAUUAUCCAGAUGGAUCUUGCCCUUCCGGAACGUUUCUAGAUCAAAGUUUGGAAUACUCGCCUUUCAAGCCCGCAUCAUGGGAACAACCUCAGAAGUACACCUUAUUCAAUUGUUCCUCAGACGAAACACAAUACUUCUCUACGAGAUCUUGUUUUCGUAGCCCAAUCCACCAAGUUCGUGCCUUCCAGCCGGAUGCUGACAUCAACGAUUUGCCCAUAGCUUCUUGUAAAAAGAUGUAUACUGCUCAAUCAACUUCAUCUGAUCAAAUUUUAUCCUUUUAUGAUAAUAUUCUGAAAUUGACGUGGCACUUUGAAGGGAAAGGCAAGGGUGUAUUAUUGAAGUUAAAGAUCACUGGUAUCGUCUUUAGUUCAUUUCUAUCAAUAGUGCUUGUGGUCUUUGCUCUCUACCGUGUCCAUCUCUGUGAAAAAGCAGAACAACAAAAUCAAGCUAAGAUCAAAACAUUUUUGGAGGAUUACAAAAAUUUCAAGCCCAUGAGAUUCUCGUAUGCUGAUAUUAAAAGAAUUACAAAUAAAUUUGUCGAGAAGUUAGGUGAGGGUGCUUAUGGAACAGUCUUCAAAGGAAAACUUUCAAAUAAAGUCCAUGUUGCGGUGAAGAUGAUCAUGAACACUUCUAAAGAAAACGGGGAAGAAUUCAUAAAUGAAGUAGGGACAAUGGGCAGGAUUCAUCAUGUUAAUGUAGUUCGCUUGGUUGGCUUCUGUGCAGAUGGAUUUCGACGUGCUCUAGUUUAUGAGUUCUUACCAAAUUAUUCACUAGAGAAGUUUAUAUCUUCCGUGGACACUAAAAAUCGUUUCCUUGGUUGGGACAAGCUGCAAGAUAUUGCAAUUGGCAUAGCAAAAGGUAUUGAUUAUCUUCACCAAGGGUGCGACCAACAAAUCCUCCAUUUUGAUAUCAAGCCUCAUAAUGUUUUGCUAGAUGAAAAUUUCAAUCCAAAAAUUUCUGAUUUUGGUCUUGCCAAGUUGUGUUCCAAGGAUCAAAGUGCAGUGUCCAUGACCACAGCCAGGGGGACCUUGGGUUACAUCGCACCAGAAGUGUUCUCUAGGAACUUUGGAAAUGUUUCUUAUAAAUCCGAUAUCUAUAGUUUCGGAAUUUUAUUGCUUGAAGUGGUAGGAGGGAGAAAGAAUGUUGACAUUACAGCGGAGAACACUAGUCAAGUUUACUUUCCAGAAUGGAUCUACAAUUUCUUAGAACAAAAAGAAGACUUACGAGUGUUUAUUGAAGAUGAUGAAGAUGCUGAAAUUGCAAAGAAACUUGCAAUUAUUGGACUUUGGUGCAUCCAAUGGCACCCAGUGGAUCGUCCUUCCAUGAAAGUUAUAAUUCAAAUGUUAGAAGGAGGACAUAAACUAACUAUGCCUCCUAAUCCAUUUGCCUCGACAAGUCCCACAAGACCAAAGCUAGACCAAAAGUUAGAUGUCAUCUUAGAACAAGAAUAAUGAUCAUGUUGUACUCAAGUAUUAGAACUAUUAAUCUUUUUCUUUUUUUUUUUC